CAGAUCACUGUAGUCCAGACUUUGAAAUAAAAGCAGCUGUGGAGCUCUAGGAGGGAUGCUCUAUACAGAGUUCAUUAAUAAGGCACUUCACUGGACAUGAGUGGGAUGGGAUCAGAUCACAACAAUUCUUCCCAGGAAGAAUACAUCCCACACAAUCUCCAAAAGGAAGAUCCCUUUGCAUCAAAGCUCUCUAGAGAAGCUGACAUCAUAGCUGGCUUUUAUCUGACAAUAAUUGGGAUCCUUUCAACUUUGGGAAAUGGGUAUGUUAUUUUUAUGUCCUCAAAGCGAAAAAAGAAGCUGAGACCUGCUGAGAUAAUGACUGUUAAUUUAGCAGUGUGUGAUCUGGGCAUUUCAGGCAAACCCUUCAGCAUCAUCUCCUUCUUUUCCCACCGCUGGAUGUUCGGGUGGAUAGGCUGCCGCUGGUACGGGUGGGCUGGUUUCUUCUUUGGCUGUGGGAGCCUCAUCACCAUGACAGCUGUCAGCCUGGACAGGUACCUGAAAAUCUGCCACUUGUCCUAUGGUACCUGGCUUAAGAGGCAUCACGCAUUUAUCUGCCUGGCUAUAAUCUGGGCCUAUGCUUCAUUCUGGGCUACAGUGCCUUUUGCUGGGGUGGGGAGCUACGCCCCCGAGCCCUUCGGGACCUCCUGCACUCUGGACUGGUGGCUGGCACAGGCUUCAGUGGCUGGACAGGUUUUUGUUCUGAGCAUCCUUUUCUUCUGCCUCCUGUUCCCAACUGCUUUGAUUGUGUUUUCCUACGUCAAAAUAAUUUUAAAAGUCAAAUCAUCCACCAAAGAAGUUUCUCACUACGAUACCAGGAUUCAGAACAGCCACAUACUUGAAAUGAAGUUGACCAAGGUGGCAAUGUUGAUCUGCGCAGGGUUCCUCAUUGCCUGGAUCCCUUACGCCGUGGUCUCGGUCUGGUCAGCCUUUGGACGGCCAGACUCGGUCCCCAUCCAGUUCUCAGUGGUACCAACACUGCUUGCAAAGUCAGCAGCCAUGUACAACCCCAUCAUUUACCAGGUCAUCGACUGCAAGUUUGCCUGCUGCCGGCCGGGGGGGCUGAAGGCCAAGAGCUCUUUGAAGAAAUCAAGGACAUACACGAUAUCUGCGCACGGGGACUCCACAGCCAUGAACGAAACCCAGCUGGAAGCUUGAGGGCUCAUCUCACCUACAGCAAAUGAAAACCUGGUGACAAACAACCCGACUGGC